AUGGCAAUAGUAAACAAAUAUAUAAGUGAUGUUAGAGAAUCUGAACAUGAACCACCUUACAUGGACAUGAGAGAAAAUAGAUAUAAUAUGAAUGAUGACUAUUACUCGACUAGACUUGAAACAGUUGAAAAAAUACAUUACAUGGAGAAGGAAGUUGAGCAUCAUUUGACUAUUUGUGAGAGUUUCGAGAGAAUGGAAACACCUGAAGAAGUGGAGAUGAGAAGAAAGGAGUUCUUAGAAAAAUAGGCAGCUUAAUAAAAAAAUAAAAAGGGUAAUAAAAAACAAGCAGAAGAAGUGUUCGAUGAAAAUCCUAAGAUGACCUCUGAUGUCAGAUUAAGUGAUCUCAUUUGUAGUGAUGAAUUACCACCCAAUUCUCGUUGGAUUGCUUCAUAAUUAUAGCAGAUUAAGGACAGAGAUAUUAAGGAUUGCUUUACUCAAAAGUCACUCUCCAGCAAGAUCUAUCCAUAAAAGGAUGGGGCACCAAUUUAUAAUCCUAAUGGCAAAUAUAUAGUCAAAUUGUAUUUCAUGGGAAAAGAGAGAAAAAUAUAGGUUUCUGAUCACAUGCCCACAACUUAUGAUGGCAAAGCAUUAUUACCCUAAAGUGUUGAUAAGAAUUAAUUAUGGCCAAUGAUUAUCAGUAAGGCAGUGUUAUAACUAUGGGAUUAUCAAAGCAAGGGCAGUUUGGUUGGAGAUGGAUUUGUCAUGUAUUCAUUGAUGGGUUUAUUGACUGAGACUAUUGAUCUGAAGACCAUCAACAGUUGGGGUAUCAUAGACAAUAUGAUGAAUAAUAAUCAUUAUAUCUAGAAGGAUGUGUUUGUAUCAACUUAUAGUUAUAAAAAUCAAUCAAUUUAAAAUACAAAUAAUCGAUCUAAGAAGGAAUAUUAAUUGGAAUUAUUGAGAAAUCCCUAAAAGGAGUUUGAUAAUUAUGAAGUAGCCAGAAAUAAAAAUGGUUCGCCUUCUUAACAUCAACAAAUGCAAUAAGAAGAAUAGGAUGAAUAAUAGGAAGAAAUGUAGCAAGAGGAAAAUGAGCAAAAGGUUCAAAGGUUCAGAAAAACUCAAAGGGGAUUCUCUUUCGAAAGUUUGAGUCGAUCAUAUUCCACACCUAAACCUCCUAAAGUACCAGGAGAUACAAAUAUGAAUACAUGUUUUUCAUAUUCAAUUGUAGAGCAAUUUUAGAAUGAGAAUGGAUUUAAUAUGGUUUAUGCAUAAAAGAGGAGUGAUAGAGAAUUGAGAUUGAGAUAAGAAUAUUUUGAUCUCUGCAAAACUCCUAUGAACAAGAUGACGAAGGAAGAGAAACUGGAUUUGAGAAGAAGAAAGAAAGAAAUUAAAGAAAAGUUACAAGAUGAUGAUAAAAAAAGGAUCUCAUUAAUUAGUCAAUAACCUGUUAAACAUAGAUAUUUAAGAUUAAAGAGUGAUGUCUCAGGUAAAGAUCCAGUGAUUGUUUUCAGUCCUCUUGCUGCUGAUGAAAUAUAUAUUGCUAAAAAGUGUAUUGCUAAUAAGCUGAACAAACCUCCUAAUUAUGAUAUCCCUGAAAUCAAGGGAGAUGAUAAAUCCGUGGUUUCAGCUAAUAUGAAAAAUACUGAUGAUAGCUUCACAGUGAAACCUUUAGAGGAUUUCUCUUCAGUUUCUAAUGCUUAGGAACCGUUUAACAGAGGAGAAGGUGGAUUCUGGGUGCAUGAAAAAGAAUUCCUAAGUCUUUUUGAUUACAUUCAAAUAGCUUAUGAUCCAAAGAGAUAUAAUAUGUAAGUUUUGCAAAUUCAAAGCAAUCCAGACAAUGAUAUUGCUGGUUAUGACAACAUUGAAAUGGUAAUUGUUCAAAGAGAUCCAGAUUCUGAUGAUAAUGCCUAGGUUGCUUUUCUUGUUGGAUUUCAACCCAAAUAUUCUCAGAAUAAAGAUUUUAAUGAAUAAAUAAGGCCAUAUUCUAUGUUAUAACGAUUUGAUUUGGAGACAUAUGAGUCGAUAUUGGAUUACAAAUUGUUGAAUUAAUGUGUUAGCUCAUAGAUGUUAUUAUUAGAUAAUAAAAAUCACAUAUUCAAAAUGAAUAUAUACUCACCACUCAAUUUCACUAUGUGGUUGACAUCCAAUAAUAAAAUCAGCACUUAAAGUGUGUUUGAUUAUUUGAUUGACUAUGAAAAUUAUCAAAAAUAAUCCUUUCAAAUUGACUAUCCAGCAUGCGAAGCCAAUAAAUACUAUGUGUACUUUAGAUUCAAAGUGUUUUUGAAUUCUAACAAGGAGAAUGGGUCAUUUGUUUAUAGAUUGAAGAGCACAACAGAUAACCAAUUAUUAAAAUUUCUCAAAAUUAAAUUAUGUGAAAUUCCUCCACCUGAUAAUAACCUAAUGCUUACUACUAUAGAAGGGGUUCAUAAGAAUCUAUUUGAAAGUGAAUCCAUCAUUAAUGGUACUUAAAGAAUGAUGCUCCGAAGUUAAACUACUUAUUACUUUAUACUAGAAGGGACUCCUUAAUACAACACUUAAGAAGGCACCUUUGAACUGGAUUUCUUAGUCAAUCAAGAAUUCACCUUCACAUAACUAGAAAAUGUAGAACCCACUCGUUAUUAUGACAAAUAUGUUCCAACCAAAUAUGGUACUAUAUUUAGGGAGAGGAUCUUUGCAAAUGAAGCCCAAGUUAGCAUCUAUGUUAGAUUAACAGAAGGACAACAAGCUUAAUAGUAAUAACAAGUGGCUAAAGGUAAAUAAACAAAAGGAGGAGCUUAAGAAUUAGAAAUAGUUGAAUCUGAAAUGAGAGGAGAAAGACUCAUUCGUUUAGAAUUAUAUCAUGGGGAUGAUUUGAUUGUAUAUAACUACGGAAUCAAUUCUGUCACUCUUUCAAAUAUUACUUUGCCUAAGGAUGAAAAUUAUGUAAUAUAAGCAUCUUUUGACCUUAGAGAAUGGCCGGAAGCUAAAAUUAAAUCUGAAGAAACAGAUAAUUUGUAUUGGUUCACAACUAUAUUUGCAUCAGACACUGUUGCACUUGUUAGAGAUACAACAAAGGAAGACAAAGAAAAAGCAAUUAAAAAAUCUUGGGAAGAUAAAGAGCCAGGAAGGGCAGCAAAUGCUAAGAAAUCGAGAACAAAAUAUUUAAUAACAUUAAAGGAAGAACUAACCCCUGAGGAAUAGGCUAUUGUAAAUGCACCCAGAAUGACAAAAAAGUAAAGGGAAGAGGAGGCCAAGUAAGCAGCCCAAAAAAAGGGACCUAAAAAGGAUGAUAAAAAAGUGGGUAAAUAAUCAAAAGUUGAGGCACCAGUUGAAACUGCUCCUUAAUAAAGAUAAAUACCAAAAUCUGAAAAUCACGUUAAUGAAGCCAUUACAUAAUUCUUAUAGCAUUUAGAAUAAGAUAGAAUUAUGGAUCAUUAUGCUAGACAUGCUGGAUUGAUUAAUGUAAGAAGCGAUGUGUAGAAAAGAGAAAUAGUGGAAGGAAUUUUGAUGGGAAAGGAAGAGAUUGCCGGAAUCAUCCAAAGAAAUCUUAAAAUGAGAGAAGAAAUUAAGCUUCUUUAAAACAAUUAUAGGGAUAAUAAAGAAAUCUUAAUUAAUGAAUUCUAAUCUUACAGGUCAUCAUACAAAUAAGAACUUGCAGAGAUAUAUUAAUAACGAGAUUCUAUCAAAUAGGAUUUGACUUAAUUAAUGAAGAAAGAACAAUAAUUGUUUGAUUUAUGCAAACAAGAAAAAAUUGGAAAUCCAGAGGAUGUAGAGAAAUUAAUAGCUGAUCCUUCUUAAUUAGAUCCUGUUUUGGUAGGUGCUGCCAAAUAGGUCAUAAAUAAUUGGAAGAUAGCAAUAAUUCAAGAAAAAAUAAACACGGCUCUGUAAAACUUUGAUGUUGAUACAUUGCAGAAGUGUGUUGAUUAGAUUUAACAAUUAAAUAUUGAAGGUUUAGACACAAGUGCUGCAGAGGAUAUGUUGGAUGAAGCAUCAGGCAAUCCGAAUUUUUAGGCAGAAAAAUUGGCCGAACUUAAAAAGCAAGGGAAAAAACCAAAUAAAAAAUGA